GCAAAUGACGAGGGUUGUGUCAAGGCACGAAUGCUCUUGCAACGCUUCAGAGAGUCACCAUGUGCACGUGUGGACAACGAAGUGGAACACAGUCCUUAUAGUCUAAAAGGAGUGGUUCAGUGGAUGUGCAACUAAGGGAUGUGCGAAGAUGGAGACGUGGACAUGACAAUGCACCAAAAAGGGGGAACGUAUGCACCUGCAGAUUUCAAAAAGUUGCUGGGCACUUUGGCGAAGAACUCCGACAUGCUUGUUGAUGGGUCCAAGGACGAGUUGAAAAGUGGUGCUGCAGAGAUCUUGGUGUUGUCCAGAAUGAAGGACAUCACACAAACACCACCACAGGACUUUCAAGAUGUUCCUAUAAUUGUUGCAGAUGGUGUGGAAUAUGUUCUGCUGGAUCAGCUCUGCGAUUUCAUGAAAAAGAGUGAUGAGGACAGGAACGUCAUCCACGAGGCGUUGCACGAAGUGACAAAGUUUGCACUGCAGGGUAAAGAUCUGAUCGAAUUUGUGCCAGCGAGAGGAGAAGACGACUUCAUAUCCGGCAGACCAUUGUGGGGGGACUUAUUUGCUAACACUAUGGAGAUAGAUCAGUGUGAUGUUGGAUUCGAAGACGCUGAUUUGGCAAGUUGUCUUGCAAUAUACACAGACAAUGAAGAUAUAGAAGAAGAUGAAGAAGAGGAUGAGGAGGCAUCGUCUUCUGACGUGGAGGUGAGCGGCAGCGAUGUCAGCAGCGACGAGGCAGACGAGGAAGAUGAUGUUUACUAUGAUUUGAAGGGGGCGGGUGGACAAAUGUCAAAAGGUUGGGCACAUGCAGUUCUGAGGUUGGCACGUGCUUUCCCCAAUCCGCACAAUGUGCUGCGUGUUGUGAUGAAGGAGGCAACACCUGACGGCGCUCUACAGUAUGCCGCAGUCACCACUAUAGUGCAAGCAUGCAACAAGGGGAAAAAGUGGUCACGUGUUGGCAAGGGAUGGUUUGUUCUGGUGAACAGAGAGGUUGUGCUAGCAACGUCACUGACGUGGGGAAUCAACCUCAGUUGCCUCAUACACGGCGCAAUGGCGACAGCUUGCGGAGAGACAUUGAACCCCGACUUGUCAACAGGAGACGCCAUAGUUGGUGCUCGGCCACGACAUCUCUCAACAGGAGACGUCAUAGUUCGCAGUCAACCUGAUGACAGACAUGCAUAGCAUAUAGCAAUGAAGUAGUUGUACAAAC